GUGAGGGGGAAAGGAAGAGGAAGGAUUGAAAGAAGGCCUUUUCCAGCCGGUUCACACACUACCGCAUAUUUAGCAAGAGCAGGCACAGAAGACAAAGUCAGGAUGUGACAUCAUCCGCAGGAAGGGAAGCCAAACGACUGCUUUUUCUUGACUUGUGCUUUGCUACGGUGUGUAGUUGGACGUCUGUUUGAGGGCCUGGAGGGGGGGGGGUGGGGUGGGGUGGGGGAUAUAGGGGGGAGAAGAAGGGGGUGAAGCAUCUGGAGCUGUCCUCUAAAAUCCACUCCAGCGUCUCCCAAAGCUUUCGCCAACAUUGUGGAGCCGCCUCUGUAGGAUAUCAACCAGUGAGCAUCCCAACAUCUGGAACCAGUUUUGACCAGGCUCUUCCUCUGUUGUGACCUCAUCCAGGCCAGAAACUGCCUUCUCUCAAAAAGUCAAAAGCCUAUUCUGAGGACUACAAACUGUACAUCUUUGGGGGCAAACUGCUGAGGCCAUGGCUUUAUGUUUGGGUCAGGUGUUCAGCAAAGACAAAACGUUCCGGCCUAGGAAACGUUUUGAACCCGGCACACAGCGUUUUGAACUGUACAAGAAGGCUCAAGCCUCACUCAAGUCUGGCCUGGACCUCAGGAAGGUUGUGCAGCUGCCCGAUGGAGAAAACCACAAUGACUGGAUUGCCGUGCACGUGGUGGAUUUCUUUAACAGGAUCAACCUGAUCUACGGCACGGUCAGCGAGUACUGCACCGAACGUACCUGUCCGAUCAUGUCGGGGGGGCUUAGGUACGAGUACAGGUGGCAGGAUGGCGACGACUACAGGAAACCCACCAAGCUGCCCGCUCUCAAGUACAUGAACCUGAUGAUGGACUGGAUAGAGUCGCUCAUCAACAAUGAGGAAAUCUUCCCCACCAGAGUAGGUGUUCCUUUCCCCAAGAAUUUCCAGCAGGUGUGCAAGAAGAUCCUGAGCCGACUCUUCAGGGUGUUUGUGCACGUUUACAUCCAUCACUUUGACAGCAUCUGCAGCAUGGGCGCCGAGGCCCACAUCAAUACCUGCUACAAGCACUACUACUUCUUCAUCUCUGAGUUCAACCUCAUUGACCACUCUGAACUUGAGCCCCUGAAAGAGAUGACUGAGAAGAUUUGCAAUUAAACUUCAAAUAUGAAGAAGACAAUGCUCACCUUCAAUGGACUCUAAACUUUAAAGAACUUUUGAACGUGUAAUAUUACAAUGUGAGCGGUGCGAGUGUGACUGUGAAUUUUUACUAUCCAGCCACGCUUUUUUCAGGUGGUGUUAAUAUGUGUGUUACUAAUGGUAACAAUGUUGCUGUCGUUACGUGACUGAGCUGGUUAAUGAUUUCCUGUCUUUCCUCCUGUCUUAAAUUCUCUGCAUGUAUUACCUUGACCUUUAUAAAAUAUUUUGAGCAAUUUUGACUUUUAUUGAGGAAAACUUUGUACUUUAGAAAUGUUUAAAACCCCUGAAUUAUGGGUUCAGCUGAAAGGGAAAGAAUGAACAUAAAUAAAUGGAAGUUAUCUGCUGUGUGUUCACUUAGGUAUUGGUUCUCAAACUUGAGACCAGUGGAUAAAGGCAGCAGUGUUUCAGUGGCUAGCUUGUUCAAAGCCAUUUCAAAGCCUCAGUGUUCGAACCUGUCUCCAAGCGUUCCUGUGUGGCGUGUGCAUUAUUCUCCCAGUGCUUGUGUGGGUUUUUCUUGGGUACUCUGGUUUCCUGCAUUUCAAAAACACAUAGAUUCAGUUAAGUACUUUCUCUUUACCAAGUCACGAAUGUUUAGGUUUAAAUGUAAAAAAACGAAUAAUUCCAAGGAGCACAUUGAACGUCAUGUUUAAUUGGCAUUAUAUUGGAAACCUUUCUCCUCUGUUAGGGGUCCCUGGACCCAGAAACUUUGAAAACCCCUGACUUAAAGCACUUUACAACAAUAUUCAUAUUGUAAAUAUCACAAAAAAUGUGCUUGAUGAGUUAGACUGACAUGCUGUGAAAGGCAUCCACCCAUCCAUCUUCUAUACUGCUUAUCCGCACUAGGGUCAUGGGUGUGGUGGAGCCUAUCACGACUGACUUUGGCCUAGACCCUGGACUGCUUGCAGAGCACACAUGAACGAACAACCAUUCAAACUCACAUUCAUGAUUUAUACUCUUCAAUGAACCCUUACAUGCAUGUUUCUGAAAUGUUGUAAUAUGCACUUUGUGUUACAUUUUGGGUUGCAUUUUUUUUGUAAGAAAAGUGCGAUGUAAAUAAAAUUUGAUGAUG